GAGAGAGUGUGUUAUUUGGUGGGUGGACUGAAAAACCCCUUCCCUACUGUGUUCUUCUCACCCUCUGCAUUCUCCCUGUCCCUUUUCAUUCCCAUUGCACUUUCUCUCAAAUUCCUCCAUACUUCACUGGGGAGUCUAGUGAUCAGUGAGUACUUAAUCCGACUGAACUGGUAAACUGCUAUCUCUUCGGAAGAAAUACAUUCGCUCUUCUCAAAGAAAUCUAGUGAUCAGUGAGUUCUCAAUAUAACUGAGUGCUGGUAAAUUGUUAUCUCUUCAAAGAAAAACAUGCGUGUUCAGCGAUGAUUUCUGCAAAUUUACUUGAAAUGGAGGCCCAAGCACAGUAAAAUAAAUUGGGGCUCUUUCUGCUCGCCCACAAAUCAAAGAAACCAAUUUGGCGCAGCAAUAAUUGGAUGAAUAAAAGCCAAAGGUAGCAAUUUGGCUGAUAUAUUCAAAUCUUCAACAAAAUUUUCUUUGGGUCUCAACAACUUAAAAAACCACAAUAAAAUGGGUGGUCUUUGCUCAAGGCGAGCAACUGUGGACAAUUCCCCUGAUGGUAGUCGCGAGGUUGCCCAUGCAAAUGGUUACACGGCUUCAAAUAAUGCUUCCGGCAUGGGGUACUCAUCACACUCUCUAAUGUCAAAGAUGCCAAGUAAUAUCGCUCCACCCAUGAUGAUGGAAAACAUGGAGAAGCAAUUUCGGGAGCCUUUUACCUUUCCCAACCAUCAUCGCAACUUGAGCGAGCCUGGUGAGCCUCAAUUGUUUAGGGCUCUUUCGGAUAAGUCGAGGUCCACAAAGUCCAAGGCAGGGGCCAGCAGCAAGGUGUCAGAAGUGGGCUCCCUUUUGGGAAGAGCUGGGACUGUCGGGUUUGGAAAAGCAGUGGAGGUUUUGGACACUCUUGGAAGUAGCAUGACAAAUUUGAAUCUGAGCAGUGGAUUUGUCUCUGGAGUGACAUCGAAAGGAAAUAAAAUAGCUAUUCUAUCAUUUGAGGUUGCCAACACUAUAGUCAAGGGUGCAAAUCUUAUGCAAUCCCUUUCAAAGGAAAAUAUAAGGAUUUUGAAGGAAGAAAUUCUUCCUUCUGAAGGUGUGCAAUGUUUAGUGUCUCGAGAUGUGGAUGAACUCCUACAAAUUGCUGCUUCUGACAAAAGAGAUGAAUUAAAUAUAUUUUCUGGAGAAGUAGUCCGAUUUGGCAAUCGAUGUAGAGAUCCUCAGUGGCACAACUUGGACCGAUAUUUUGAAAAAUUGGGAUCAGAACUUAUGCCUCAAAAACAAUCCAAGGAGGAAGCUGAAGCAGUAAUGCACCAUUUGAUGAAUUUGGUUCAGUAUACAGCUGAGCUAUACCAUGAGUUGCAUGCUCUGGACAGAUUUGAGCAAGAUUACCGGCGGAAGCUUCAAGAAGAGGAGAACUCAAAUUCAGCACAAAGAGGGGACAGCCUUGCGAUCUUGAGGGCAGAGCUCAAAAGCCAAAAAAAGCAUGUAAGGAGUUUGAAGAAAAAAUCCCUCUGGUCUAGAAUUUUGGAAGAGGUCAUGGAGAAGCUUGUAGACAUUGUGCACUUCUUACAUCUAGAGAUUCAUGAUGCCUUUGGGGCUGCUGUUGCUGAAGAUGAGAAAUUGGUGAAGAAGGGAUCUCUUGGAAACAAUCAAAGAUUGGGUUCAGCAGGCCUUGCGUUGCACUAUGCAAAUAUCAUCACGCAAAUCGAUAGUCUUGUAUCCCGACCAAGUGCUGUUCCUCCCAAUACACGAGACACAUUGUACCAGGGGCUGCCGCCUAGUGUGAAGUUGGCUUUGCGUUCCAAGGUGCAAUCAUUUUAUCUCAAGGAAGAGCUUACUGUUCCUCAAAUCAAAGCUGAGAUGGAAAAAACGUUGCAGUGGCUGGUCCCAAUUGCAACCAACACAACCAAAGCUCAUCAUGGAUUUGGAUGGGUUGGGGAGUGGGCGAGUACUGGGUCUGACGUGAACCGAAAGCCAGCUGGGCAAUCGGACAUAAUCCGCAUCCAAACCCUCCACCAUGCUGAUAAAGAGAAAACUGAGGCUUAUAUACUUGAUUUGGUGGUGUGGCUUCACCAUUUGGUCAGUCAAGCUAGGUCAGGAGGCAUCAAGUCCCCCAUCAAAUCUCCUAUACGUUCUCCAACUCAGAAAAUGCUCACGGUCUCCCCUCCCAAGUCAUCCCCAUCCUCUGCUGCACUCUCCCAAGAAGAUAGGGAGAUGAUGAGGAAUGUGAAUUUCCGAAAGCUCACACCUGGUAUCAGCAAAAGCCAGGAAUUUGAGACCACGGUUCGCUCUUCUAAACAUUGUAGAUUGAGCAAGAGUAGCAGCCAUUCUCCAACCAGUGCCAGUAGAAAGGAGUUCCCCAUUCUCAGGAGGCCGUCUACUCUUCCUGUUAUAGAUUUCGACAUUGACAGGAUAAAGGCCUUGGAUGUGAUUGAUAGAGUCGAUGACCUAAGAAACACUUUAUAGGAUAUAAAUGGUUUGGUGGAAUUUAUAUGUACGAAUGAAUGAAAAGCUGCUCUGUGAUGCUUGGUGUUUGAAGGGGGUUGACUGGGAAAGUGGCAUCAUACCUUUCUUCUCGGUUGUUGUAGGGUGAUGAUGGGGCAAACCAGAGAGGAGCACACCAGCUCAAGGUGAGCAUCACAUGUAAGAUAGAGAAAAGAAUAAUGGUAUCGGGAUUUUUGUAAGUAUGAUAGAGGUAAACCUGGUUUGAUUGUAUAUUAUAUUUAUGGCAGUUCUUUGAUUUUAGUGGCUGAGGAAGAUGGGGUGGUCCAAAGAGUGCAUCACUUUGUUUAUUGAAUUAAUGUGUCGUUUUUGGCAGCUUCAUCCUUACCAUCCAUUUUUCUGAUUUUUGUCUUCUUCGAGGUUGUUUUACCAGUGAACAUGUGGCUGAUAAUCAUAGAGAAAGCUUUAGCCCUGUACAGAAUAAUUAUCAAUCCAAGUGGUAGAGGUGUGCUUUAGGUUGCUGGCAAAGAGUGGACUGUGUUUGUAAACGAUUCUCCAUCCUUAUGGAUUGCCUCCAGAUUUUCAGUUUGAAGUCCAGUCUAAUAACAUCCCCCAAUCCAUUAUACACUACCAUUUUGUUGAAGAGUGCAUGUUUUUUCCACAAAUUUACGUCAUUCGAAGGGACGUCAGUCCCACGCUUCCCCAAGAAACUGUGCCCUCUGCAUAACCUGUAACCUGCUUGGUUGGGAAAUGUAUUAUUGAAUAUUUGCCACUGAUGUUUCACUCUAAAUUUAUAGUGGAGGUUAUAGGUGGCAA